UUUCCUGUCAGCUUAACACCUCCCUCUGGUUUCAGGACAUGAAGUCAGCCCCCCUGCUCCUGCUCCUCUCCUCGGUCCUCCUCUCGUCACACCUCCGCCCCGCCGCCGGCAGACCUCGCGUCCUCCCCGGCUGGCUGGAUGGAGACAUCACCGCCUCACAGCUGCUGAACAACAACAUCCUGAGGUUUCUCCAGAGGAGGGAACCGGAACCGGACCCGGACUCUCUCCAGUACCACCAGCUGCUGCUUCUCCCGGAUGAGGAUGAGGAGAGAGAAGUGUUGAGGACGGCGUCUCAGCUGCUGAAGAGGAGUGAAGAGCCUCCUCUGUCCAUCGACCUGACCUUCCACCUGCUGAGGAAUAUGAUCCAAAUGGCCAAGAUGGAGAACCAGAGGGAGCAGGCUCUGCUGAACCGCAGAGUGCUGGACGAGGUCGGGAAGUAAAGCUCAACUUUUCUUUUUUUUUUAAAUGCCUCAUGUCCGUAUUCAAGACCUCUGACUUUAGUUUAUUUAUUUUUUGUUCGUGCACCUGCCUUCCUCUCCUCUCCAUUUUACGCACAGAUGGCGCCAAUUUACGCAUCAAAGCAGCCGCGAUAGAAAUGUUAAUGAAGUGUUAAUUUAAGACUUUGUUGGAAAAUAUGGAAACGGAUUUCUCAGACUCCCUCUCUACUCCUCUCCUUCAUCAUCUGGUUUCA